AAUUCCUUCUGCUGGAGCUAGGGUUCGGCCACCUUGACGCGCCCCCUCUGCCCCUGGAGCGUGUCUUUGGGUUUUGUGUGUGUGGGAGUGGGGUGUAUGUGUGUUUCUUAUCCGAGACACCUCCGGGUCAUUUGCUUGGAAACCGGCUGAGGGCCCGUAUACCCUGGAGCAUUUGGUUGGAAAGUGAGGCAGGUAGCGCCCAAGGCUCCUGUACCAGGGCCAGGUUAGGCACCAACGCGUCCCUUAUGUCUCUGCAGCCUGCAGUGUGGUGGAACCGUUUUAUAGACUGACAGUGUGAACGUAGGAGGGGAUGGAUAUCAGAGAUCUGUUUAUCCACAUUUUCAGAGAGUGGUAUUGCUCUGAUGUGAGUGUAGGCAGGUUACUCUCUGUGUCUCGUGUUCUUUACCUGUAAUUUGAGGUUUGUUGUACCUACUAUUAAGUGGUGGUUGUGAGGAUUAAAUGGAAUUUUGACAUGCAACAGUUGACACAGGGCCAGACACCAAGUAAGGGAUCAAUCAGUUGUUGCUUUUAUUAAUAGUAGGCAUCCAUCUGCCCAUUUGCACGUAAGAAGGAAACACCCAAGAAUGAAAAGUAGCUUGUUGUAGGUCACCCAGCCAACUAGCACAUAGUGGAAAUUAGAAUCCAGGCACUCCCAGCAGGGCACUUUCCACCACCCUGCACUUUUGUAUUCAUCAGGCACAGUAUCCUUACUGUUGUCUGUAACUGUCUAUGUUCCCAGUGUCUGACUCUGCAGGGCCCUGGUGGUAUAAAGGUACUGAGACUUGCCUGUGUUUAGGGCUUCCUGAAGAUUAAAUGGCUGCUGAAGUUCUUGAGUUUAGCUUUAGCUCAAAAGAUACUGCGUCAGACUCUGCGUUCUGAGUAGAGUCUCAGAGAAUGAAAAAAUAAAUACAAUGAAAAAGGGGAAAACUUCAAUCCAGAAUCUCUUGCCACAGUUUCUGGCAGAAUGCUGGCAAUUCCCAGGAAGAUAUGUGGAGAACGGAAAGGUUGCUACACCCAAAUAGUGGCGCAAAGGCUAUGAUUAUGGAGGAUUGGACCUGCAAACUCCAGAACAGAGCAACCUUGUAAAAUGUGUGUGGGCAGCACAGAGACCUUGGGCAAGUUAACAGUUUCCUCAUCUGUGAAUACUGAUUUAUGGAAAGCACCUGGUGCAUGUUCUGCCCUCUGAGGACCCUGCCCUUUCCCAAAAGGGGUAUCUUAAGAAGGAAAAUAUGGCUGCUCUUUGCCGGACAGCAGAGUCCCAGAACCCCAUGCAGGUGUUUCAGGGCUUUAUGUCAUUCAGGGAUGUGGCUGUGAACUUCACUAGGAAGAAUGGAGAGAACUGGACCUUGCUCAGAGUCUUGUACAGGGAUGUAAUGCUGGAGAACUAUAGGAACCUGGUCUCCUUGGGAUUUCCAUUUUCCAAACCUGGUAUCAUCUCCUAGUUGGAAGAAGUGGUAAGCCCACGAACGCAAAUGCAGGAGGGAGAGGUGCCAAGAAGCAGCUGUACACAGCAGGCACAGAGACACGUGGUCUUCAGCAGAGCCUAUGGGGUUCAGAUGAUUCACAUAAGAAUAGAAGUUUCAGGGCUGGACCUGGGGAGGCAGCCUGAGCCUGAGCCGGCUGUCCUGAGCCUGAGUACUCUAGCUGCCUUGUCGUCAUCGCAUCUGGCUGCCAUCCAGCGCCAGCACACAGUAAUGAGUGGCCGAGCUUCCUCUGGGAGGGAGGAAACAGUUAAAAUCUUGCAGCAGCUGCAAUCAUCUAGGCGUGGUUCUCUUGUCUGACUUGGGCUGCACAGAUCCUGGGCCAAGGGACAGAAGAAAGACAGCCUAGGAGCAGAGCCUCCCAGAUGGCUGAGUUGGAUCUAAUGGCUCCAGGGCCACUGCCCAGGGCCACUGCUCAGCCCCCAGCCCCUCUCAGCCCAGACUCUGGGUCACCCAGCCCAGAUUCUGGGUCAGCCAGCCCAGUGGAAGAAGAGGACGUGGGCUCCUCGGAGAAGCUUGGCAGGGAGACGGAGGAACAGGACAGCGACUCUGCAGAGCAGGGGGAUCCUGCUGGUGAGGGGAAAGAGGUCCUGUGUGACUUCUGCCUUGAUGACACCAGAAGAGUGAAGGCAGUGAAGUCCUGUCUAACCUGCAUGGUGAAUUACUGUGAAGAGCACUUGCAGCCGCAUCAGGUGAACAUCAAACUGCAAAGCCACCUGCUGACCGAGCCAGUGAAGGACCACAACUGGCGAUACUGCCCUGCCCACCACAGCCCACUGUCUGCCUUCUGCUGCCCUGAUCAGCAGUGCAUCUGCCAGGACUGUUGCCAGGAGCACAGUGGCCACACCAUAGUCUCCCUGGAUGCAGCCCGCAGGGACAAGGAGGCUGAACUCCAGUGCACCCAGUUAGACUUGGAGCGGAAACUCAAGUUGAAUGAAAAUGCCAUCUCCAGGCUCCAGGCUAACCAAAAGUCUGUUCUGGUGUCGGUGUCAGAGGUCAAAGCAGUGGCUGAAAUGCAGUUUGGGGAACUCCUUGCUGCUGUGAGGAAGGCCCAGGCCAAUGUGAUGCUCUUCUUAGAGGAGAAGGAGCAAGCUGCGCUGAGCCAGGCCAACGGUAUCAAGGCCCACCUGGAGUACAGGAGUGCCGAGAUGGAGAAGAGCAAGCAGGAGCUGGAGAGGAUGGCGGCCAUCAGCAACACUGUCCAGUUCUUGGAGGAGUACUGCAAGUUUAAGAACACUGAAGACAUCACCUUCCCUAGUGUUUACAUAGGGCUGAAGGAUAAACUCUCGGGCAUCCGCAAAGUUAUCACGGAAUCCACUGUACACUUAAUCCAGUUGCUGGAGAACUAUAAGAAAAAGCUCCAGGAGUUUUCCAAGGAAGAGGAGUAUGACAUCAGAACUCAAGUGUCUGCCGUUGUUCAGCACAAAUAUUGGACUUCCAAACCUGAGCCCACCACCAGGGAACAGUUCCUCCAAUAUGCGUAUGACAUCACGUUCGACCCGGACACAGCACACAAGUAUCUCCGGCUGCAGGAGGAGAACCGCAAGGUCACCAACACCACGCCCUGGGAGCAUCCCUACCCGGACCUCCCCAGCAGGUUCCUGCACUGGCGGCAGGUGCUGUCCCAGCAGAGUCUGUACCUGCACAGGUACUAUUUUGAGGUGGAGAUCUUCGGGGCAGGCACCUAUGUUGGCCUGACCUGCAAAGGCAUCGACCGGAAAGGGGAGGAGCGCAACAGUUGCAUUUCCGGAAACAACUUCUCCUGGAGCCUCCAAUGGAACGGGAAGGAGUUCACAGCCUGGUACAGUGACAUGGAGACCCCACUCAAAGCCGGCCCUUUCCGGAGGCUCGGGGUCUAUAUCGACUUCCCGGGAGGGAUCCUUUCCUUCUAUGGCGUAGAGUAUGAUACCAUGACUCUGGUUCACAAGUUUGCCUGCAAGUUUUCAGAACCAGUCUAUGCUGCCUUUUGGCUUUCCAAGAAGGAAAACGCCAUCCGGAUUGUAGAUCUGGGAGAGGAACCCGAGAAGCCAGCACCGUCCUUGGUGGGGACUGCUCCCUAGACUCCAGGAGCCAUAUCCCAGACCUUUGCCAGCUACAGUGAUGGGAUUUGCAUUUUAGGGUGAUUUGGGGGCAGAAAUAACUGCUGAUGGUAGCUGGCUUUUGAAAUCCUAUGGGGUCUCUGAAUGAAAACAUUCUCCAGCUGCUCUCUUUUGCUCCAUAUGGUGCUGUUCUCUAUGUGUUUGCAGUAAUUCUUUUUUUUUUUUUUUUUUGAGACGGAGUCUCGCACUGUUGCCCAGGCUGGAGUGCAGUGGCGCGAUCUUGGCUCACUGCAAGCUCCGCCUCCCGAGUUCAAGCAAUUCUCCUGCCUCAGCCUCCCGAGUAGCUGGGAUUACAGGUGCCUGCCACCACACCCAGCUAAUGUUUUGUAUUUUUAGUAGAGAUGGGGUUUCACCAUGUUGGCCAGGCAGAUCUCAAACUCCUGACCUCGUGAUGCACCCACCUCGGCCUCCCAAAGUGCUGGGAUUAAUGCGUGAGCCACUGCGCCCUGCCUGUUUGUAGUAAUUUUUAGGCACCAAAUCUCCCUCAUCUUCUAGUGCCAUUCUCCUCUCUGUUCAGGUAAAUAUCACACUGUGCCCAGAAUGGAUGACCAGGAACCUUAAAGAGUGGCUGAAAAGAUUGCAGAGUUAUCAUAAUAAAUUGCUAACUUGCGUA